GGACGAAACAGAAAGGGAGAUAAUUUUCCGUGUCCGUCAUCACGUUGGACACUGACCUUGUUUUUGGGGUGAUAUAACUAAGCAAAAUAUCAGAGAUUUUCAGCUUAGCUUGACAAAUAAUUUGUUCAGCUUUUAAUUUCCGUUGAGAGAAUGUCACAGUCAAGCUUAAAGACAGAGUUUGAGUUUAGUGGUUAUGGUAAAAACUUUGUAAAAGUGCUACAACUAAGACGGGAAGGUAAAAUACACUAUGUGAAAGAAAUAGAAGUCAGUACACAACUGACCCUUAAUAACACAAAAGACUAUAUACAUGGUGAUAAUUCUGACAUCAUUGCAACAGAUUCACAGAAAAACACAGUAUAUGUUCUAGCUAGGCAACAUGGAAUAGAGACCAUUGAGAAGUUUGCUUUGACUAUAUCUGACCACUUUUUGAGGAAAUAUAGUCAUGUUACCAAUACUCAAAUUUAUAUUGAAGAAGCACCAUGGAAAAGAAUAUCUGUGGAUGGACAGGAGCAUGUACAUGCCUUUUUCUUCAGUAAGGAGGCUAUAAGAAGGUGUGAAGUAACUCAGGAGAGGGGAGGAAAACCAUUGUUGAGAUCAGGACUUAAAGAAAUGAGGAUCAUGAAAACAACACAGUCAGCAUUUAGAAAGUUUGUAGAUGACGAAUUCAGGACAUUACCAGAUGCAGAUGAUAGAUUAUUUUGUACUGUUGUAGAUUCCUGGUGGUGGUAUAAUUCAGUAAACGGUGUAGACUUCACUAAGGUCUGGGAAGGUAUUAAAGGUAUCGUUCUAGAUACAUUUGCUGGACCAGCAACAACUGGAGUUUUCUCCCCUUCAGUACAGAAUACACUUCACUUAACAGUCAGAAAUGUUUUAUCAAAGAUACCUCAGGUUGAGAAGAUGGAGAUUACACUACCAAAUGUCCAUUAUUUUGGUAUGGAUUACAACAAAUUCACAAAGAUCAACCUUAAAGAUUAUAAAAAUGAGGUAUAUAUGCCAACAGACAAGCCAUCAGGGAACAUAUCAGCAAGGAUACAGAGAUCACGAUUAUCAAAACUUUAAAGACAGAUUUAAAUGAUUUAUUUCAGACAAUCUUAAGACUCAAAAUUAAAAUAGGACCAAUAUUUAUAGAAUUUUUUAUAAUUUAAAACAGUAUGUAAUGAUUUUACUUUAGAUCUGAACCUUUAGAAUGUUAUUGAUUGAAUUUCCUGUGUUUAUAUUGUGAAAUUAGAUUGUUACCUUUUUCUAUAUUGUGAAAUUUGGUUACCUCUUAAUAUAAAUAAUGUUAGUCAAAAUUUGAACUUUAGUAAAAGCAUGGAAGGAUAUUUUGUUUACAAUAAUUUUAAAAUUGUGAAUUAACUUAACUGCCAGUAUUUAUAUUUGUUAUGAUGGUAUAUUUGUUAGUAAUUUUAUUUUUCAUAUCUCAAUAUUUACGAUUUUGUGAAUUUGAAAUAUAUGUAUCAAUAGUUGUAUUGUGAAAUUCAACUCUUCUUAUUUAUAACUUCUGAAAAAAAAACCAUUUUAAGCAUGCUCUACUAAAAGGGUAAAUUUAAAAGUAUGCUUUUUAAGAAUCAUAAUUGACAAUUGAUAAUUGGAGUGAUAAUUGGUAUGUGUAAGGUGAUAUUCAUUCCCAUAUUUGACAUUAACAGCAACUGAAUGUUAGGCAGACAACAAACAGUCAUAUGGCAUGGAAACAAAUAUUUUUUUUUUCUUUUUUUUUUUUUACUUUUGCGUUUGUUUCAUAGAAGGUAAAAUACUCAGCAUACAUAAUUUUUAGAUGAGUCAAAAAAAUACUUUGCUACUGUCUCAUGGAUAAUUCUUUUUAAUAUUUUUAGAUGUUUUGAAUGAUGCAGUUACUAGUCUCAAUGUGCAAUAAACAAUACCACAAUGAAAGAAAGUAUUGUAGCUGAAUGUCUUUGUGUUUGGUUUGUUUACAUUAUACAUUUAUGUGACUGUGCAUGCUGACUAAUAUAAUAUUACAGUUUUUCAUAAUAAUGAUCAUAAUCUUAGGCAAAUAAUACACAUUUUCAUUCAACAGAUGAGUAUUAAAUCGUAAAAGUUACUCUUUAAGAUAUGUAUUUUAUAUGAUCUUUCUUUGUUUUUGUAAACCUUUACGUAUCUGUUAAGUAUAUAUUUGUUAUGUUUUGUUUCGUUUUAUAUGAACAAUUACAUUGUUCACUUGGAAAUUAUUUGUCAAUUUUCAAAUUUAUUGGAGGAAGAUUGAGUACUGGGUGAGAACCAUCAUCCUAUAGCAAGAAAAUCAGUGGUCGAGUGGUCUGGGCAGUCGAAAUACUGUAUCAAUAGCGUGUCAACACUGAGGUUGUGAUUUGGAAUCCCACACUGUGUUAGUGAAGGUUCACUGAUCUCCAGUUUUGAUUGACUACGAUUAUCAAUUUUCUAACUGAGUUUUUUUGGUUAUCUCUUGGCACUCUGGCUUCCUCAACCAAUAAAAACUGAAAGCCAGGAAAUAUUACAAUAGUAUUGAAAGUGGUUUGAAACACCAAUCAUUCUAUCUAAUCAGAGAUGUGGAAUAUUUACAGAAGUGAUUCUUUUGAAUAUAAUGUUUUGUAUAUUGUUGUUUAAGAGAUUAAUACUAGCUUUACAAUUUACCAGAAUAUGUCGACUCUUCAAAAUGUAUCAAUAUUCCAGAAGUGCUAUUUUACUAUUAAAAAUAUAUUAGA